AUGACCACACCAGAGCCACAGGCCGUGGAGUCUCCGGAAACAAAGCAGAAGGAGGAGAAACAGAUGCCGAUGAGCGAGCAAUCUGUCUGUGUUCAAGGCCCUGGGCCGGCAGGUCAUGGACAGCGACUGAACAGGAGGAACUCAGGGAUAGGCGUAGCCAGGCAUUCGGGCGAGUUGAGAACGGAGUGUAUGCAAGUAACCCAAGAUGCUAGUCUGCCUGAUGCGGUUAUUGGAGUUCGUCAAGUUGACGCUGCAGAUUGCUCAUUCAAAGUCCAGGAGCAGAGGGAUCCGAUCUCGCAUCUCCCAGUCGCUCAGGUUAGUAGGGGCACACAACUCCUCGCUGGUCGUCGUCGUCAGCGUGCCCUCGAGCAGCUACUGCUGGAGGUAGCUCAAGAGUGUCUGAGUGCGCGCGACGCUGAAAGUGAGCGCGAUGAAGAGACGGCGCACGCUGAUAUAUGGACUGUCAAUCGAGAAACCGAUGGGUUGACCUGCAGGCUUAGAUCGAUAAAUCUCUCGGCGAUCGCCGCAACGCCUCGAGGUUGCCUCAUGGUAGUCGAGCGACGACAGGGUCACGCAAGUCCCGACUUCUCAAGCAAUCGAUACAUCGAAAUGGCACCGAAAGCAUCCAACAAGACCACCAAGGUCCCAAAGAGACUGAAGGACCUCGACGGCCCGCUCUCAGAGCAAUUCAUCAAUGACCUCUCGAACAUCCGGACCGUUCAAAACAACAGUCUCGUCGGCUUCGGGAAGGCAGACAUUACUGACGGACUCCUCGAGUAUGGUACGAUCAAUCCGCGCAGCGCUAAUGAAGUCGUCGUGCAGCAGAUCGCGGAGGAGCUCGUGGCGGCGGGCAUCGCUCCGGGGGAGGAACACGUCGUGCCGAUCCUCAUUGACAGCCCCGAUGACAUAGAAAUUGCGCAUCCGGGCAAACUGUGGCCGGUCGGCGUCACCACCGCGGAAGACGCGGGCUUGACGGAGGGUGUUGACUACGCCCACGACUUCAUUCGUCGUCCGAGCGGUCUCGCUCAGCGCUACCCCUCCAAUGCGGUGAAGAACCCGCUCGAUCACCUGCCCCUCGCCCGCUUCAAGAAGGUGGCCUUCCCCGGUGGAGGUAACCAUCGUCAACUGGCCCUUCGUCUCGCGCGCGCAUGGCUCGCAGAGCUUAUCAACGACUGCAUCGAGAUUAUCAACAGUGCUCAGGAAGGCUCCAAAGCAAAGAAUAAGGCGACCAAAGAGCAGGUUGCGAAAGCAGAGGCGAGGCUCGCGGGCUGGAAGAUGCGACAGGAGGAGUUGGCUGCAUGGCCAGUGGUCAUAUAUGAGAAGAAGUACUGGAAUAGCACAGUGCAGCAGGUCACAUUGGCGUCGAACCGCAAGUUCUCUGAGCAGGCCGAGACAGCCAACGAGGCCGCCAUCACCCUCCUCAAGCUUAUGGCCGACGCAAAGAGGCUCAAUAAGACCCAGGAUGAUCUUCGCGAUCGCAUGAAUUAUCAAUUUCGCAAUGACGCACGUUUCCGACGAACGUUCAACUCGCCCCUUCUCAUGAAGCCCACCCUCGCCCUCUCGCUUUAUCCCGCGUACCUCCAUACGAAGUCUCUCGAUUUCCUGUGGCUCAACGCUAACUGCAUGGUCGCGCAGAAACCCGACGUCGCCAUCGCCGGUAGCGGGUUCUAUAUCACUGCCCUCGAGCAGGCCGUCGUCAUGCUCGACGACCUAUGCUGCGACGUGGAGUGGAACUCGGACCCUCAGCACAUCCUUCAGAUGGCCACCGUCCGCCGCCUCAAGCAGAAGAAGAGGAGAACCGAUGAGGACGAGGAGAGACUCGCAGUCACCGAAGCCGCUGUCGCCACGUUCAAGCAGAAGAUUCGUCGCAGCAACCGCACCGUCAAUCACUAUGUAAUCACAAACGACAUCCUCGACAUCAUCGACGACGCUUACGUGAAGCAUAUCCGCCCCCACUUUCAGAAGUACUGGUGGACGUUCGCGGACCCGCAAGACGAGGACUAUGAGGCCGUCAAGACCUCACAGAAGUUGUACAUCGAGGACAUCAUCGGGAAGCUCCCCGAUCGCAUGAAGUCCGCGCCAACGGGAGAUCCGGCAUCGAUGAGGUCCGGCGAGCGCACAUAUGGCUUCUUCGCGGAGCGCCUCCGAUUUGUCUGCGGCGGUGACCACGACGAUCGCCCUUUCCUUCCCUUAUGGUGCUCCUCUCUUCAGCAGGACGUCGCCGCAGCGUUCGAUCCCCUCGCUCUCGCAGUUACCGAGAUCAUUAACGAACUCGACAAUAUGUUCUGGGAUGAGACGGUCACGGCUGGGAGCAACGACAACUCCGCCCGCGACCCUUCAUAUGCUAUGAUUUACUUCCUCAAAGCUCGGAACGUCACCGACGACGGCGUGCGCCAGUUUAUGCAAUUCUUACUUAUACACCGAAGCAACCUCCUCGUUGCCAUCCAAAGCAUCGUCAAGCCCCACUCCGUCGCAAUCUUGAAGAGCUUUCAAAAGGCUGCCCGGAACGAGCGUCUCAAGGAACUCCCCGAGGUCGAUCGCAACAUUAUCUCAGAGUACAUCGGCCACCUUGCGCCUGUCUUUGAAAAGGCUCACAGUCGCACGGUCAUGGACGCCCUCUUCGACGACCUCGUCGAUGGCGUCAAGAAUGCCGUUCGCACCACACCCGCCCUCGCCAUCGCUUACCAGACGGCUUAUCGUCCCACCUCCAAGCUCGCGGGCAAGAAGUUAUUCACGCAGCUCAUGGAGAUAGCUCUGGCAUUUCGAUUCCUUCGUCUCGGCAUGCACAACAUUCUCACUUCGAUCAUUCCCGGCUGGUUCUGGCCCGACUGCCUGCCGUCUGUCCCGUUCCCCACGAAUCUCGUCGACCCCGCAUUCAAACUUCCCCCCCGCACGAGGGUCGUCUUCUCCAACGACGAUCGAAAGUACGAGGACAUUCAGAAGGCAUGGCUGAAGCUCCGUCAUGACCUCGAAAGAUGUCCUUUGCUGUGGUCAGUCCCCGACUUCACGAAACGCGCUAAGGCCACGGGCAUGAAUAUGGCGCUCGCGGGUCACACCGCAUCUUGGCUCAAGAGAGUCUGGGUGCAGUCGCAUACCGCUGCGAUGCUCCCCUUCGUUCCCGACUGCCCCGAGAUUGGCUUCCAGGCUGGUCUAUCCGGAACAUCGAAGGCCGCGGACGACGAUGAGCCGACCCAAUCGGAUGUAGACAAUCAGGAGUACAUUCCCGUCACCGGACCCGGCCUCGACUCGGAAGAUGACAGCAACGCGGCCGUCCGCGACGAUCGCCGCAAGACUCUUCGCCAGCGAAAGGGCAAGGACACGCACGACGGCGGCGAGAAGACACGCAACCGCGCUGCGACAGGGAAGACCGACAAAGGUAAGGGUCGGGCACUACCCGAGCAAGAUCAGACAGAAGGGGAGGACGUCGAGGAGGACCGGGAAGCAGGCCCCGCGACCGGCGACGACGACGACAUCCAGGACGUCGUUAUGCGCGAGCCCUCGCCAGGUGCAGCAGGACCGUCUGCUGCUGCUCAGCAGCUGAAGAGAGGUCGCUCGAGCACGAACGAGUCCCGAAGCAGUGGCAAGAGUCCGCGCCAUCACAGGAAGAAGGCCCGAAACAUCGACGCGCAGUCCUCGGAUGACGAGCGAGAGUCGGCCUUGCCCAGGAGGCCCGUUCCCAAGCGCGCGUACGGCAAGCACAGUAAGGGCCAGCGUGCCUCCCUCGAACCCUUCGCGUUGUCUCGUCGCGAUCACUCCCAAGAGCGUCCAGCCUCUGACAUGCUCGUUGUCGACUUGCCUCGGCUCAGAGUGGGUCAGACGUCGGCCUACGCACCUCUCAGCAACGCAGCCGCGGGCGACUCUUCUGAUGAGGACCAUACGGCGAGGCCGAGCUCAAUGCAGGACAUGCCAAUGUCGCGCCGCCCCGAGGACAUCGUCAACACUGCUGUCGCAGACGACCGAGCCGGUCUCGCGAUCAAGAAAGAGCUUGUGGAUGAUCCAAGCCUCUUGAGUGGCGCAGAUCGCGACUGGCGUAUUGCGUCACAUAUCAUUUCAUCUCAAGCCAAUCCUAUCGACUUGACUGGAGAUGUCGCGGAUGCCGCAACGACUGCGUCCCGGCGCAACCUCGUCGAGCCCUCUCAAGACAUUGUGCCCGAGACGUCACAGGCGCAAUCGCCUGCUCUCGCCUCGCAGCUGUCUGAGUUCCCGGAGUCUUCGCAGCUGGAACCUGGAGCCGCGCUGUCGCAGAUCUCGGACGUGCCAAACCUCUCUCAAGCCCGAGGGGGUAUCCGACUGUCCCAAGACUCGUUUGGUGGCUGGUCAUCACAAGGCUUCUCGACGCAGGAGAGCAUCCAAUCGAGCUCCCGCGACUUCAGUGGUGCGUCUUCUGCCGCAUCACCUGCGGCACAGCUUGACCCUCGCUCGCCAACCCUCUAUAAAGCACUACUCCCUCCCGGACAGCGCUCGUCAUCGUCAAGGGCAGCUACGGGCGGUGGCUCCGUGGCCACCGCGACUGCUUCGCGGGUGCCCCCCGUCGCUGAGUCGUGGCUGGCUUCCCGUCCACGCUCUCAGGCACCCAAAUACGAUUACUUUGGCCUCGCUAGCGCGACACAAGCGUCCUCUUCAGCCGACGAGCUCACGGCCGGCGAGCAACAGCCUCGCCCUCCGUCGUCGUCACCCCCCCCGCUACCUCCCCAUCAGGAAGCGUCACCACCCUCCUCACAGCCCUCGCGCGCGCACGCUCACCGUCCCGCCUUUAACCAGCAGCGCCCUCUUCAAGACCUUCCGGAGGACGAAAUACCUUACUUCCCUCCCGACGAGAUCGAGCCUGAGCAGCAGCCCACUCGGCACGAGGCAGGGCAACGUCACUCCUCCCUUCCUCCGGCGACAUCUGUGACUCCCGCUCCUCCAGAGCGUCCAGCGACUGCCUUGAGGACACGGUCUGCGUCUAGACAGCGCUCGAUUGCGCCGCAGACUGCGGGGCAUACGCUCGGCCAGUACGCGAGACCGUCGACGCGCUCCGCGACUAGGGCGACAUCCGCCCAACCGGAGGCGGGCUCGUCGAAAGGCAAGGGUCGCGCCCGUUGA